AUGAUGAUGAUCCUGGGCUUCUUUCCCAUUUCCCCCACCAUUAGUAAGACCCUCUCAAGCAGUCCCCAUUUCCGGCCCUCCCAGCCGGACCCUGCCGCUUGGGGGCGGAGACUGAGGCGAAGGGGCGGGGCUGCACCCUACGCACGGCCCCGUCGCUCUCGGGGGCGGGCUCAGUGGCGGAAGUGGCGCCACCGGGAGAUCCUGUUCCGCUCGGAGGCGCUCGGGGGGCUGCGGAGCGGGACUGCGGCUGAGGCAGGAAGAGCCUGGGCGGUGGCUGAUAUGGAGCAGCUGUCCCCAGCCCUGCCUGGCUUCCACACACCCCUGCGUCUGCAGCUCUCCCGGAUUCCCCCAGCACCUUUGCUCUCAGCCCUCAUCUGCGUCUCUCGCUUCACCGAGGACGUCUGCAUGUGUCCAGCUGACGGAUGUUGGGGCAUCCCAUUGCCGGCAGCCUGUCACAUCUCCUCUCUGACUGCCUCCUUCCAGAGCUGGGCCCGGCUUUCCUUCAGUGUCCUCCAGAUGAGCCGGGCAUGGCAACCCCAAGAGUGUGCUAUUGGGGGGUGGCCUGGUGCGGCUGCCUCUGCUGAGAACAGCCCACUCCUGUCCACUGGGGCUUGCACGGAGGCAGAGGGGUAGACACACUGGCUUGCUCAGAAUCCCCUGCCAGUCACAGAUGGGGAGCUUGCUCGGGACCUGAUAGAUUGAGGGGCCCCAGAAGGUAGUAGACAUGACAAAGGUAUGAGGGGAUAGCAGAUCGGGGUCGGGGGGCACUGGUUAGGUCUUGCCUUCCCAGGACCAGAGUCCGACAUCCAGGGUUCCCCUCCCAUCAGCCCCCAAGCCUGGCUCUCUGGCAUGAGAGAAGAUUCAGGGAGACUCUGACCGAGCCCCAGAAGCAUGGGCACCACCACACUGAGGCGGCUUCCUCUGGCUCUGGGCUGAGCCCCGGGGACAGGGCCGCUGUGGGC